CACAGACGCUCCGGCCUCAGGUCUGUGCCCCCGCGCGGGGCCCCGGCCGAGUGGCCGCAGGGAGCGGCCGGAUGGAGCGGAGGAUGAAAGGCGGAUACUUGGACCAGCAAGUGCCCUACACCUUCUGCAGCAAAUCUCCCGGAAAUGGGAGCUUGCGCGAAGCGCUGAUGGUCCCGCAGGGGAAGCUCGUGGACCCGGGCUCCCUACCGCCUUCCGACUCCGAAGAUCUCUUCCAGGAUCUAAGUCACUUACAGGAGACAUGGCUCGCUGAAGCUCAGGUACCAGACAGCGAUGAGCAAUUUGUUCCUGAUUUCCAUUCAGAAAACUUAGCUUUCCAUAGCCCCACCACCAGGAUCAAGAAGGAGCCCCAGAGUCCCCGCACAGAGCCGGUCCUGUCCUGCAGCAGGAAGCCGCCACCCCCCUACCACCAUGGCGAGCAGUGCCUUUAUUCUAGUGCCUAUGACUCCUCCAGACAAAUUGCCAUCAAGUCCCCUGCCCCUGGUGCCCCUGGACAGUCACCCCUGCAGCCCUUUCCCAGGGCAGAACAACGGAGUUUCCUGAGAUCCUCUAGCACCUCCCAGCCCCACCCUGGCCAUGGGUACCUCGGGGAGCAUAGCUCCGUCUUCCAGCAGCCCCUGGACAUGUGCCACUCCUUCACAUCAUCUCAGGGAGGGGGCCGGGAACCCCUCCCAGCCCCCUACCAACACCAGCUGUCGGAGCCCUGCCCACCCUACCCCCAGCAGAGCUUCAAGCAGGAGUACCACGACCCCCUGUAUGAACAGGCCGGCCAGCCAGCUGUGGGCCAGGGUGGGGUCAGUGGGCACAGGUUCCCAGGGGCGGGGGUGGUGAUCAAACAGGAGCGGACGGACUUCGCCUACGACACAG